ACAGCAAUUGUUUACAUGCACAGAUUUUAUAUGCAUCAUUCCUUCACUAAAUUUAAUAGAAAUAUAAUAUCUCCUACAGCAUUAUUUUUGGCUGCAAAAGUGGAAGAACAGCCACGGAAACUUGAACAUGUUAUUAAAGUAGCACAUGCCUGUCUUCAUCCUCAAGAGCCACAGCUGGAUACAAAGAGUGAUGCAUACCUUCAGCAGGCCCAAGAGCUGGUUAUACUUGAAACAAUAAUGCUUCAAACUUUAGGUUUUGAGAUUACCAUUGAACAUCCACACACAGAUGUUGUGAAAUGUACACAAUUAGUGAGAGCAAGCAAGGAUUUGGCACAGACAUCCUAUUUCAUGGCUACCAACAGUCUUCACCUUACUACAUUCUGUCUUCAGUACAAGCCUACAGUGAUAGCAUGUGUGUGCAUUCACUUGGCCUGCAAGUGGUCCAACUGGGAGAUUCCAGUAUCAACUGAUGGAAAACACUGGUGGGAAUAUGUAGAUCCUUCAGUUACUCUGGAAUUACUAGAUGAGCUAACUCACGAGUUUCUGCAGAUACUGGAGAAAACUCCUAGCAGGCUCAAGAGAAUUAGAAACUGGCGGGCAAAUCAGGCUGCUAAGAAACCUAAAGGCGAUGGACAGGUAUCCGAGAACUCACUUCUUGGUUCAUCUUUGGUCCAGAAUUCCAUUUUGGUGGAUACAGUUACUGGUGUAGCUGCAAACACAGGUUUCCAAAAACCAUCAACAUCAUUUCCUGCACCAGUGCCUCUGACCUCAGGAAGUAUUUCUGUUCCAGACAGUCAUGCACCUGAAAACUUGGCAAUGCUAGCUACAGGAAUGCCAAGUACCUCAUACAGUUUGGCAUCACACCAGGAAUGGCCUCAGCAUCAAGAACAAGCAAGGACAGAACAAAUGUACUCUCAAAAACAAGAGACACUACCUGCUGGUCAGUACAACAUGAACUUCCAGCCAGGAACAUCUGUGCAGUUGCACUCUGGAGUACACCACAGACCUGACAAACUUGCUGAGCAUUCUACUGUCAAACAAGAAUAUUCUCAUAAGUCAGGAAACAAACACCACGGACAAGUUGCUGCUCCUGUAAUAAUUCCUCAGAAAAUGUCUUUGGAUAAAUACAGAGAGAAGCGCAAACUCGAAACCCUGGAGCUGGAUGUGAGAGAACACUACGUAGCAACCCCAGGCGAGCAGCAGCAUAAAAAACACAUGCAGCCACAGACAGCCAGCAGUUCCUCUGUUACGUCUCCUAUUAAAAUGAAAAUUCCUAUUGCAAAUGCGGAGAAGCCUGAAAAACACAUUUCUGAUAAGAAGGAAAAGGGUGGCUCAAUCAAACUCCGAAUACCAAUCCCACCCACAGAAAAGGGGGUCAGUAAGGAGGAGCUGAAAAUGAAAAUUAAAGUUUCUUCCUCGGAAAGGCAUAGCUCAUCGGAUGAGGGCAGCGGAAAGAGUAAACACUCAAGUCCCCAUGUCAGCAAAGAGCAUAAGGAGAAACACAAAGAACACUCUUUAAAUCGCCACCAUGGCAUUGGUCAUAAGCACUCUCACUCCCAUGGUGGUGGCAGCAGUAGUGGCAGCAGUAAGCAUAGCACUGAUGGAGUAGCACCAACUGUUUUGAGGAGUCCUGUUGGCCUGAAUAAUGAUGGCAAUUCCUCUAGUUCCGGCUCUUCAAGAAAGAAGUUGCACAGCAACGAUGCUUCUCACAACCACCACUCCAAAAUGAGCAAAAGUUCCAAAAGUUCAGGUAGUUCAUCUAGUUCUUCCUCUGUUAAGCAGUAUGUAUCCUCUCACAACUCUGUUUUUAACCUUCCCUUACCCCCUCCUCCCCGUGUCACAUACCAGGUGGGCUACGGACAUCUCAGCACCCUCGUGAAACUGGACAAGAAACCAGUGGAGAACGGUCCUGAUGCCAAUCACCAGUACAGUACAAACAGCCAGCAUAUGGACUACAAAGAUACAUUCGACAUGCUGGAUUCGCUGUUAAGUGCCCAAGGAAUGAACAUGUAGUCAAUCCUUACGUGCUUUUUCUUUACCUUUUUUUUUAUUAUUUAAGAAUUGUUA